AGUACAUACAUCAUGUCGGCUUUUGCAGGGGUGCAGGGCUAUGAGACGCUCAGUUCGGCGCAGCAACGAGAACGUGGCUUUGCUACAGGCGUCGACCAUGGCCUUGCGUCGAAACCAUCCGCACCACCAUCUCACCUGUCCCGAGUGUUAUACAUUCCUCCCCUGCACAAUUCGCAAUUCCACGCUCUCGUUCAAGACGUGAGCGCCGAUUAUAAGCAUGUCAUUAGUCAUUCACCACUGGGCGAGAGCGAUAUAAUUGGCGAUGCUGUCAUGGGAAGCCGGCUUUUUAUGACGCGACUGGGCACUAUGAAAAAGCCCGCGACGACCAUGUCCGACGCCGAAUCUCAGUAUGCCAUCGACGCCAAAGUCGAAUUGACCCAGGCUUUGAUAAAGCUGGAAAAGGUCAAUCCUGAAGAUGCGAGCCGGAACGUGACGAUCUGUUUGCCAAACGCGACCGACGAUUUCAAGUUGACGGAUGACGAGAAUCUUGACGUUCAGGUCUCGUUUCCCAUCCCGGACACAACGUCUAGCGCCGGGACUGCUCGUAAUCCUUUCUUUACGUUCUCGUCUCGUGACGGCUCUAAGAAAUUGCAAUGGCAAAUUAACCCGGCGGAGAGCGGUCCACUGCGAUAUACCUUGAUCGAACUGGACCACAUAACAAUGCAAGAGCACGAGGACUCAAAGCCGGAGCAUGUCAGGGCGGUGUACCAUCACAUUGGACAAAGCCCUUCCUUGUCCAUGUGCAGCGGUGAGGGUGUUCUGCUGCUACAACCAGUGUAUUCAAAAGGGCAUGUGACUGAGGAGGAGAUUCUCGCUAGCCUGCUUGGCUUGUUAUGGAGGGUACGGGGAAUGGAAAUCAAGCCCGUUGCCUACGACGUGUGCGAGGGUAACAAGAAAUCGCUGCUCCGUCGUAUGCUGAAAGGUUAAUGGGACUCUAUCGUGCCUAUACUGCAGACGUUUUUUUUUCUGGGUAUACAAGUUCACUAGUUUGGGGGGUUAUUUCUCGUCAUGAUGUCUACCAUGCAAAAAGAAGCCACCAUCACUUCGACCCGUACUAUAAGGCAUAAUGG